AAACCAUCAAAUCCAUACUGUCUUCCCUUCCUCUCCAGAGCGGGUGGCCGUGGCCUCAGCCAUGGUCCUCCUGGGGCCUGUGGUCUUCAAGCUCGUCCAGGAGAGCCAGCUAAAGAAGGGAGAUGCCCUGGUGGUGGCCCAGCUGGCAGGCAUCCAGGCGGCCAAGCUGACCAGCCAGCUGAUUUCUCUGUGCCACCACGUGGCCUUGAGCCACGUCCAGGUGCGGCUGGAGCUGGACAGCACACGCCAUGCCGUGGUGAUCCAGGCGUCCUGCCGGGCUUGGGGACCCACCAGGGUGGAGAUGGAGGCCUUGACCUCAGCCGCCAUGGCCGCCCUCACCCUGUAUGACAUGCGCAAGGCUGUCAGCAGGGACAUCGUGCUGGGUGAGAUAAAACUCAACAGCAAGACCGGGGGGUCAGCGGGGGGACUUCCAGUGGACCUAGAGCUCCUGCCCUGCGCACCCCUGGCCCAGCGAGGUCGAGAGAUGGGAUGCAGUUUCAGCCGAGGAAAAGACAUCAAGUUCCUUGAACCCCGUCACCAUUACCUGUCAGCCAGUAGGAACCUGAGGUCCGUCCACCCCUUUCCUGCUGGAUGACCUCCCCUGACCUGCGAGGUCCCCUUUAUUCAGAGAGGAAACCAGCAGGCCCUCCCCCUCCCAG